AAGCCGUUUGCGGAUUGGCUGUAGUUAGUCCGUAGCUUGGUCUGUGAUUCGGGCUGGGCGUCUCGGGCCCUCGUGUUAUUCGUCACUGGACACUUUGUGUGUGGUAUUUGCGGCAGCAACAGUAAGGUAACAAGGGUUGGAACUACGGUCGGAAAGGAAACGGGCUACGGAGGAAGCUUGUGAGAUCAUCGGCCGGUGAUGGGAACAUCGUUUACGAUUCUACCAGUUUAGAAAGUCGACGGGGACUGUGAUAUUAAAACGGUACUGUACGGAAAGAUACCACACCGGAGAGUCGUUUCCACUUUGGCAGGCUAUUUCAUCACGGAAAAGGGUCACGGUAUUCUUUGACGCUGUUGUUAGGCAUUACGGUACUCGGGAGUUGUUCUGUAGGGGGCUUUUAGUAGCACGGGCUUUGGAUAAUAACGUCGGGAAGGGCAGGCGGACCCCGCCAUAGCCCAUGAAAGGAGGGCAUCAUGCGUGUGAGAAGGUGGCUUGGAUGUUAAACCAUAAUAUAUAUACUAUGGCAGCGAUCCGGAUUCUUACAGAAUAUUGUAUGGCUGACUUGCUCUUGGUUUCAGUGUUUUUGGGUUCGAAACCUUGCUUCGUCUAAGGGACGAUCCGGCUUGCAGGUUCAUGGUUUUAGUGUGUUGUUUUUUUGACUCCUUGUUGAUCCUGGGAGACGCUUGGGCUGCACCCAUCUGGAUUGCUCCUGUACCUGAUCGCUGGCGUCGAGGUUGGAUUCGUUUCUUUGUUCCACUUGUCUUUCUGGGAAAGUGCCUUGGCUUGUCUGGUUGGAUUUAUACUUGAGUGGAUUCAGUCUUAAUUCAGGAAGGGGAUCCCGUUCCAGACAAUGUACCCACAAGGAAGGCACCCGGCUCCUCACCAACCGGGACAGCCAGGCUUUAAGUUCACUGUGGCAGAGUCUUGCGAUAGAAUUAAAGACGAGUUUCAGUUUUUGCAAGCACAGUAUCACAGUCUCAAGGUGGAGUACGACAAACUGGCAAAUGAAAAGACAGAGAUGCAACGACAUUACGUUAUGUAUUACGAAAUGUCGUAUGGGCUGAAUAUUGAAAUGCACAAACAGACCGAGAUUGCCAAGAGGUUGAACACAAUUUUAGCUCAGAUCAUGCCCUUUCUGUCACAAGAGCACCAGCAGCAAGUAGCCCAGGCUGUUGAGCGUGCCAAACAGGUAACAAUGACUGAGCUGAAUGCCAUCAUCGGGGUACGUGGACUUCCCAACCUGCCUCUUACCCAGCAGCAGCUCCAGGCCCAACAUCUCACACAUGCUGCUACCCAUGGUCCUCCUGUCCAGUUGCCACCACACCCUUCUAGCCUGCAACCCCCAGGAAUCCCCCCUGUGGCUGGCAGUGGCUCAGGUCUGCUUGCACUUGGGGCACUUGGCAGUCAGGCACAUCUGUCGGUAAAAGACGAGAAGAACCACCAUGACCUCGACCACAGAGAACGAGAAUCGAGUACAAAUAAUUCAGUCUCCCCAUCUGACAGCCUGAGAGCGAAUGAAAAACACAGGAGCUCCUCUGACUAUAGCAUUGAUACAAAGAAACGAAAAGUAGAGGAAAAAGACAGCCUAAGUCGAUACGAUAGUGAUGGGGACAAGAGCGAUGACCUAGUGGUGGAUGUCUCUAAUGAGGACCCAGCCACACCACGCGUUAGCCCAGCACACUCCCCACCUGAAAAUGGUCUAGAUAAAUCAAGGGUGCUGAAAAAGGACGCUCCAAACAGUCCAGCCUCUGUGGCCUCUUCCAGCAGUACACCUUCUUCAAAGACCAAAGAUCUCGGCCAUAAUGACAAGUCGUCAACUCCAGGAUUGAAAUCAAAUACGCCAACCCCUAGAAAUGAUGCUCCUACUCCGGGGACAAGUACAACUCCAGGGCUCCGGCCUAUUUUGAAUAAAGCUGCAGGCAUAGAUUCACUGGCACCAGCAUUGAGGGCACCAAUUUCUCUGGCUAGUUCUUAUGGACCUCCAUUUACAAUGAUGGGACACCAUGAAAUGAAUGGUUCUCUGACCAGCCCCGGGGCCUACACAGGACUUCACAGCAUGUCCCCGCAGAUGACUGCUUAUAGCCGAACUCCUAUGGUGAGCUUUGGACCUGUUGGCUUUGAGGCACAUGCUCACAUGCGUGCUCCAGGGCUUUCUGCAAGUUUAGCAUCUGUCUCUGGUGGUGGAAAACCGGCUUAUUCUUUUCUUGUCAACGCAGAUGGUCAGAUGCUGCCUGUACCGUUUCCUGCUGAUGCCUUAAUCGGGCAAGGCAUACCUCGUCAUGCCAGGCAAAUAAAUACGCUUAGCCAUGGAGAGGUGGUAUGUGCUGUUACCAUUAGCAACCCAACACGACAUGUGUACACUGGUGGGAAAGGAUGUGUGAAAAUCUGGGACAUCAGCCAGCCUGGGAGCAAAAGCCCGAUUUCACAGUUGGAUUGUCUGAAUAGGGAAAACUACAUUCGCUCCUGCAAACUGCUUCCUGAUGGACGUACCCUAAUAGUUGGAGGAGAAGCAAGUACACUUACAAUCUGGGAUCUUGCCUCUCCAACGCCCAGGAUUAAAGCUGAACUGACUUCCUCUGCACCUGCUUGUUAUGCACUUGCAAUCAGCCCAGAUGCAAAAGUCUGCUUUUCUUGCUGCAGUGAUGGUAACAUCGCAGUGUGGGAUCUGCACAAUCAAACACUUGUUAGACAAUUCCAGGGACACACAGAUGGUGCAAGUUGUAUAGAUAUCUCUCACGAUGGGACCAAGUUGUGGACAGGUGGUCUGGACAAUACUGUGCGUUCUUGGGACCUGCGAGAAGGCAGACAGUUACAGCAACAUGACUUUGCUUCUCAGAUCUUCUCUUUGGGCUACUGUCCAACUGGUGAGUGGUUGGCGGUGGGAAUGGAGAGUAGUAAUGUGGAAGUGCUUCAUCAUACCAAGCCUGAUAAAUACCAACUUCACUUGCACGAAAGCUGCGUCCUUUCAUUAAAAUUUGCCUAUUGUGGGAAGUGGUUUGUUAGCACUGGUAAAGACAACCUUCUCAAUGCUUGGAGGACACCAUAUGGAGCUAGCAUAUUCCAGUCGAAGGAAUCUUCUUCUGUCUUAAGCUGCGAUAUUUCAGCAGAUGACAAAUACAUUGUAACAGGCUCUGGUGACAAGAAGGCUACUGUCUAUGAGGUUAUCUAUUGAAGAUAGAGUUGCAGACUGUCCUUUUCUCCAAAUCAGAGUCUGUCUUGGUAGCUGAUGCACAUUAAACCGGCAGAAAUCUUGUGCUCACAGAAAAACAUUCAGAAGUGCAUUCAGGCUGUUUUAUUUGCCAAUUGUCUGGCUCUUAUGGACAUUCAGGGUUCUUUGUACAGUACAGACAGAACUGUUUUCAUCAGUCUGAAAGGAUGGUUAACUUUUGAAUCUGCUCCAUUCAUAUGGAUCUGUGAACAGACGUCGGGUGAGUUUGUGGUUAAAACAAAGCUCAGCUACUUUCAAAAGUAAUUUCAUCUACUUUUGUUCAGCACUGUGGUGGAUAAAUUUUAUUUUUUUUUUUAAUCUCAAAAUAUUCUUGAAUAAAUAAUGGAGCAGAGCUUCAUUAAGACUUUUGGGUAUUUCCCAUGACUUGUGAAUAUUGUAAAUACAAAAGUAGCAAAAUAGAUUUUUUUACAUCCAUGCUGGUACACUAGAUGUGUAUUUUAUUGUCUGCUGUAUUUGUUCUCUGUGGGGGUAGUGAAUGGGUUUGGUCAGUUCCCAUGUUCCUGCGUGGCAAGCUGUGACAACUGAUCCUCGCACUAGUGAUGGCCAAUACAGUAUCUUCUGCCAGAACUAAACCACACGCUAUUUCCUAAACUUUUUUUGUGGAAAAGUGAAAACUAAUUGUGAGCCACUGUGCAGACUGAAUUCAGUGGGCUGAAGCAGCUUUAGAACUGAUAGCAUCAAGUAGAUCAGUUGACUAUCUUUGUGUUUGGAUCAUGCGGUAUGGAAUGUAAUGACUUGUUAUGCAGAUCUUUUUUGAUGAUGCUUUUUGAUGGAAAAAUGAAAAAUCAUUUAAGUAUUAAUUCUGCUCAGGGAGCAACUCUGUGUUUAUGUGAAGAUUUGUAGUCCUGUCUAAUAUCUCAACGUUACAGAAAAGUGGGUUUAAAUAAUUAUUGUUCAGUUUUAAUUUGGUUUAUUGUAGAGCUUGUAAAUAUGUAGACUGAUGUCUAUUUUUUUUAUACAUCUGUUGGAGUAGAAGAAAAAGUACUUCCACAGAGAAGCCCUAAACAUAAAUUCAUUUUAUACAGAGACUAAAAUAAAUGAAUAAAACCAUUUUGGACAUUAACCUUAUGGAAAUUAUUCCAUUAGUAGAGAUCAAGAUUGUCUACUUUUUAAAUGGUGAAUAAAAUCCUUUAUUUUUUUCCCUUUGCAAUGAGUGCUCUAGAAAAAAAAGUUAAAGUAAUUUUCACAUGAAGAACUAGUGGGUGAGGAAAGUAAAGUUCUUUCUUAAUACAUCAGCCAACCCAGCGAGCAAAAGUAGUGCCUCACAGUAACAGACAGACCACCUUUGACGACACUUUAUUUGCCAAUAUUGACUGUUUUGCCCACUGUACUCUGUUAAUUAGAACUUUCUUCUUUCCUAAAUUUGGAUGCUUUUAAGGUUAAGAAAUGGUUUAUGCACUGUGCUUGUUUAUCCUGUAUUAAGACCGUGAAGGGUCAUGUUCUUAAAGGAAAACAUUUUUUUUGCUGUCACUCCAAAGGGCUUUGUUGGUUAUUAAACAUAAAUUGUGUUAUUUUUGAUCCUGAAGCUGCACUAACCAGAAUUACAAGAGUUGAUUUUUUUCCAGAGAAAAAGAAUUAUAGUUUUGUUUACUUUAAAUAAACCUAUAGAGAUGAGAUUUACUAAAGAGCUUAAAGUUUUAGUUAAAUUUUCUGUAACAGACUACCUUUUCAAUGUAACUGUAUUGUUUUAAGAGUAUGUUUUACAAGCUGGUGCUUGGAUCCGAAUGGGCCUGCUACUAGCAUAGCAGCUUAUUACAUGGGAAGGGUGUUACAAGUCUUAACAUUGUCAACUUUGCACCAAAGUAUGUAGCAGUUCUUUGUGUUCACUGAUAUGUACAGUUGUUAAUAAUUCAAUAAACUGUUUUUUUUUUGUUUUGUAAAAAUAAAUAACUACAUUUGAAAUACUUCAGUUAAGCAGUAGUUUGCAGGUAGAUGAGGCACAGCUGUCACUGUUGUAUAUUUUAGUAGUUUGAACAGUGAUAAUGUUGGCAGUGCUGUGUGUCUUACUAAAGGAAAACUAUAUGCAGUUGUUUUACUUUUUUUCAUGUAAUUUUUGUCUAUAGAGUUCAGUUUGGUGGCAGAGUUUUAAUUUAUCUUCUUGCAUAUUUGUAAUGUUUUCAUGUUGCUUUCCUAAAAAAAUAGCAGUACUUGUUAAUUGGUGAAAUGUUAUAAUUUAUAUAUUUCUGUGUAUGUAUUUCUAACAAUUAUACAUACAUUUUUUAUUUUGUUAAGAUGUCUUCAGACAGCUUUUAUACUUAAUUUUAUAAGUAAGUUCUUAAUGUCAUUAAAGAUCGGCACCAGUAUCUAUGUGAAA